GAAAAACAGAAAAUUAUGACGAGUAAGAACGGAGGCGGAGGAAACGAGGAUAGAGUUCUAUUGGAAGGAAGUAAUGAUCGGAACGAAGAUGAAACGGUGUCUAAGCUCACCGUAUCUACAUUGCAAGCUAGAGAAGAGGAGAUUGAGAGGAAGAAAAUGGAAGUAAAAGAGAAGGUUGAACUUCAGUUAACCCGUGCAGAGGAAGAAGCCAAACGGUUGGCACAAAUUUGGGAAGAGCUGGAGGUAAUGGGAGAUCCAAUGGGUAAGGAAGUUGGUAAUGUGCGAAAAAGAAUUGACACAGUCAAGAGAGAACUGAAAUCUCUGGGACAGAUCUGCCAAAAGAAGGAAAAAGAAUACAAGGAAGUCCAGGAUAUAUUCAACGAAAAAAGCAAUGAGAAAGCUCAGCUGCUCGCUACACUAAUGGAGCUGUUGGGGCAGAGUGAGAAAUGGAGGAUGAAAAAGCUCGAGGAAUUGAAUAAGAAUAUAGAAUCAAUGAACUGAACGAUGAGUACAUUAAACGAAGAAGGAAUAUAUGAAUGAGUAUAAUUGUUUCUUGUCAUUUGUUUUUAAGUUUGUAUUUUUAAAGUGUUUAAUGAUAAACAUUGAGGCUAUUAUAUUUCACUAUGAAA